AUGACAGCGUCACCACCCUCCACGAUCCCGACGUCACCUCAGGCAGAAGACAAAGCCAAACGUAAUGUGGCUUGCAUAAACUGUCGCAAUUCCAAGGUCCGGUGCAAGCCUAGUCCCGGGACAGGCGACGCUUGCCAACGAUGCGCAAAGCUGCACCUCACCUGCAUCGUUGACAAGUCCCAUAAGCGGGUGACAAAGCGAAGUAAACUUGAGCUCCUUGAACAGGAACUUGAGACCAUUAAACAAGCCGUCAGCAUCCCUACUAAAGAAGCUGUAACAACACACACGCCACCAAGCCCGCGCAAGCAGCUGCCCUUUUCCAACUUCCCAGUGCCUACAUCUACCAUUCCUACACUCUCAGCGGCUCUACAGACACCGACAGCCGCAAUACAAACACACACGCCACUCUCCGACACACCUGGGCCGGCUAUACCCAGGUCGCAGCUUCUGGAUAUCCCUCUACGAACUGAGCCAACGGAGCCUCGCAUGCUUGGCGAACAUCUUGUAACUGGUGAAGACAUUGACUCGUACUUUACAAAAUUUCUUCACUGCUUUCACCCAUUCCUGCCCAUCCUGCGCAAGCGAGUUCCCAACGAUUGCUACCAGUCAUGUCCUAUUCUCUUCUGGGUCAUUAUUUAUAUCACAUGCAGGCGCUACACGAAGGACCGCAUUUUCUUCACAAGGCUAGCGUCCCAUGUGAACCGCGAGAUCUGGAUGCUGCUCUCCGACCCCGUCAUGAACCUCGACGCUAUCCACGCCCUGCUCUAUCUCGCUUGCUGGCCACUGCCUAGCAUCCGUCUUGUGACAGAUCCGUCAACUACACUUGUCUCCAUCGCCAUGACAAACGCCAUGAUGAUGGGUUUACAUACCGGCCGUGGCUCGCACCGCGAAUUCUGCAUCGGGCUCCGCAAGUACUGCGAGUCUACCAACGAAGAAGCCUCAUCGACAUGGCUCGCGUGUUGCAUGCUCGCGCAAAAAAUCGCCGCGUAUAGUGGCCACCCUCCACCAAGCAUCCGCCUCGACGACGGAUCCUGUCUCACAAAUCUCGACAAUCCUUUUUGGACAGAUCUCAUUGUCAUGUUCCGCAUGCAAAAGUUCAUGAACCGCUUCCACACGGCCAUGGCCGCCCAUGUCUCGUCCUGCGGCGGUGUCUCGCACACCAUUGUGUCCAUGUGGGAGUCGGAGCUUGAGAUUGUCAAGCCCGUGUUCGCCGAGCAUCCGACCGAGCUGAGCGUGUUUCUCGAACUGGCUGCUCUGUUGGAAAUGCAAGUCUUCUACUUCAACCCAGACAAUGUCAUCGAUAACCCCCCAGCACCAAUCAACAUCUUCAAGGCCUUCCACACGGCACGCAACCUCAUCGCUACAUCUCUCGAGCAGGAAUCCCGCUCCAAGUUCCUUACACACGCCGCUCACUGGGUCUUCCGACUAGUUGUUGAUGCAGCCUGCAUCAUCAUUGCGGUGCUGCACUCACCUACAUGUCCAGAUAUUAGCCCCAACGACGCCGCUGUUCUUGCACAGCAGGCCAUUGCUGCGAUCCACCGGUGCUCGGUACAGGAGAACGACCUGCCACAUCGAGCGGGUGUGAUUAUCGAGACGUUCUGGACAUACCAUACCUCACUGCCCAAGCUGGAACUUGGUGAUUGUACGUGGUCGUCGAGACUAAGUAUUGGCUUUACCUGCUGGUGUCUCGACAAAUUCAAAGUCGGACUGCAGGCCGCGCAGCGCAGUAAUGAUGCGGCGGCGCAAAAGGAUCAGCCUAUAUUAUCAUAUGACAUGUCUACGAUAGUGACGGCGCCUGUGGCUACGGAUCCCCCGAUGCCAUCGGAUGUCGACCUCAUGGAGAUCGACUGGAAUAUGUUUAUGGAGGAGUUUGGCUGGGUUAAUGAGAAAGGUGUCCUCCUGGGCCUACCUUGA